AUGGUCAGUGAAAGUGAGGAUUUGUUUGACAUUAAAGUGAGGCGGUUUAGGAAGAGAGGAAGAGUGGAGGUUGAUUAUAAGGAGGAUGGUACAGAAUCUGGAAUUGAUGAUUCUGCAGAUGAAUAUUAUAGGCCACAUUUUGAGGAUGAUGAAUAUGGAGAUUAUGGUUGGGAUGACGAUUGGCUGGUAGAUAUGGAAGGUGAAUUUGAUGUCUUUGGUGAGAGUAUUGGCCCAAGUACACAAGUAAAAGCUGCUGUUGGAAGUACUGUUGAGGAAGAGUUUGUGGUCAAGGACAAUGAAGAUAUGUAUAAAGCAGUUGAUUCUGAUGAGGAAGUACUAGGAGGUGCAGCCAACUCUGAUGGUGAGAUAGGGGAUGACUUUUCGGAGUUCAAUCCCAAGAGUGACAUGAAGGACCCACAGUUUAAGUUGGGGAUGAAAUUUGCAUCAGCAAAAAUCUUGAGAGCUGCUUUAAGGGAAUGCUGCUUUUUGAAUAGUGACAGAAAGAGGGUGAGAGUGAUUUGCAAAGCGUACAACCACCCCUUCGAGUUGUAUGCUAGCAAAAUACAACAUGAGUCAACCCUGAUGGUGAAGACAUAUCAUGCAAAUCAUACAUGUUCUAGGGUUCAUGUCAACUCUAUGGUCAAGGCACCUUACCUAACUGAAAAGUUUGUGGAUCAGAUCAAGCUAAAUCCUGAUUGGAAAACAGAAUCACUUGCACAAACGAUGUCAGCGGGUGUAAAGGCAAAAGUAUCCGUGCAGCAGGCCUAUAGAGCUAAGAGGGCAGCCUUGAAGCUGCUUGAAAGGUCCAUCAUGGAGCAAUAUGCUAGAGUAAGGGACUAUGGAUCAGAACUGAAAAGAGUAGACCCUGAAACCACGGUGGACAUAAAGUGUGAUUUCAAUGAUGCUAGUGGGUUGCCUGUGUUUAAAAGGAUGUACAUCUGCCACGGGGCAUUGAAGACUGGUCUUAAAGCUGGAUGCAGAUCAGUAAUCGGGCUGGACGGUUGCCAUUUAAAGAGUCCUCAUGGUGGACAGCUCCUAACCGCAGUAGGAGUUGAUGCAAAUAACACCACCUGGGUAGUUGCAUAUGCUCAAGUUGAGAUGGAGAGCACAGACUCUUGGAAAUGGUUCUUACAGUUGCUAGUCAAGGACUUAGACAUAGAGCAUGAGGGGGCUGGAUGGACCUUUAUCAGUGACAAGCAGUAA